UCCACAACAUAAAAAUGAAACCCCUACUCCCCUACCUUUAUCUAGUUCUCCUGAUAUCUCGAUUUUAGAUUCUCCUAUCAACUAUUUCUACCUAGAUUUUAGUUCUGAUGCAAAUGAUGAUAUCGACGAAGAUAAUCAAAGGACAAAAAUAAGGAAAGGGAAAAAUAGUAGAUGUAAGGUUAAAUACCUUUAUGAUGAAGUGGAAAACACUUACCUUGAGGAAGAAGCCAUCAAACCUGACCCCUGUGGAUGUAUUAAGUCUGGAGUCCAGACAACAUUUUCAGCUCCAGAAAUUUCUAG